GGAUCUAAAAAUAACCAUGUGACCAUGAUGAUGGGAGUGUCCACCAAGAUGCUCUCUAUAACACGCCAGGCUGCAGAUGCACACAGAUUGCAAACCAGAACUUUCUCGGAACUAAAACACUUACGCAGUGCAUUUCACAUGGCUACUUCGUCAUGCACUGAAGAAGCCAAGCAGAGUGAGGUGACGAUGGAGGAAGAUGAAGUGCCGACAGAGGCGAUGGAGGAGUCAGAAGUUGUCCACGAGCAGCACAGACAAGGGUGGACACCGUGCGUCUUCUUCGAGGCAAAUAAAGAGAUGUAUCAUUACGUCGGGCAGAAGAUCGUCAUCCAGGAAGGUCUUGACUCCUACGGAGGAAUGAUAUGGCCUGCGGCUUUGGCUCUCUGUCAGUAUUUGGACUCUCAUCGGGACCAGCCGAAUCUCACGGACAAAGCCGUGCUGGAGAUCGGUGCAGGGACCGGCUUGCUGUCCAUUGUGGCCUCGCUCCUUGGGGCUUGGGUGACCGCCACCGACCUUCCGGACAUUCUCGGCAACCUGAGAUUCAACCUGAGCAAGAACACCAGGGGACGCUGCAGACACACCCCCCAGGUGGCCCCUCUGUCUUGGGGUCACGACCUGGAGCGCAAUUACCCCACGUCGGUCUAUCGCUACGACUACAUCCUGGCAGCUGAUGUGAUCUACCACCACGACUACCUGGAUGAGCUUCUGGCCACCUUGAAGCAUUUCUGCAAGCCAGGGACUACCUUGAUCUUGGCCAACAAGCUCAGAAUAGAGUCUGACCAUACGUUUCUGGACAAAUUGAAAAGGGCUUUUCACACCAUGUUGCUGGAAGAAGAUGAAUCGUUAAUCAUCUUAAUGGCCACGUGCAGAGAAGGUGAGGAGAGAAAGGACAUCCAGGAACUACCAUCUCGAUUACUCGGUUGAGCUUGUGUGUCAGCAUUUGCGUCAGGCACGCACGAGCGCAAUCUGGGCCAACAAGGUCAGACUGGAGGCCGACCUCUCAUUUAGGGAAGCCUGAAGAUGGAGUGAUGAAGAUCAAGAUGCAGAGACAUGGAUAGUUAACUAUAUAAAGGAACUAAUAGUACAAGUUCCUGUCACUAAGAUCACCAUCACUAGAAAUCAUGGGAACCUUUUGGAGAGGGCCCAAUAAACAUUUGAUAGCACACAGAAUUUGUUGGUAGAAGUAUUUGACUUGAAAACUCUCAGUCAUAAAACAACAGGAUAAGUUUUUUUGUGUUGUUGCUUUUUAAUACGCUGACACCAGCAGAAAAGGAAACACGUGAGGAUUCUGUUUGGUGACAGAAGUGGACGGCAUUCAGUAGUGGUGGAAGUUAAGGCCUUUUCUCAGAAACUAUCAAUGGCAAACCUGAACUUUUUAUCUGAGCCCAAAUCCACGGGGGUAAAAGGAAUAACAAUGCAAAAAAAAGAAAAAAACCUGCAGGUUUCCAUGACGACUGUCAAUAGGUGCACCUGACCUAAAAAUGAGACAGCUAAAAACAAAAAUGUAAUAACUAAGUGCCCUCCCGCCCAAAAAGUCAUUUUGUAAUUACAGAUGGAGUCCAGUUCCACAACCCAUUUGAUCAUUUUCAUUGUUUUAAAUUAUGAUUGAUAUAAAAAAGACAGCAGCAGUCUAUUGCUGAUCUAUAAAACAAGAUUACUGGCCAGUAA